AUGAACUUAAUUGAACCAAAAGAACCAUUAAAUUGGACAAAAAUCAACAAUACAAGAUGUUCUUUGCUGUUCUUCAAUCUUCCUCUCCCGCUCUUCGUUGACAUUCUCCUUCAACCUUCUGGUUCUUCGCUGCACCUGCUCCCGCUGAUCUUCGCUGCUCCUCCGUACUCUGUUCUUCCUCCGUACGCUGAAAUUCCAAAGAUGAAUGUUGGUCAAUUUGUUCAAAGUGGAAGAGGGAAAAACAAGCGAUCAUGGAAUAAAUCUGAGGAAGAGUGUUUGAUUAAUGGUUUGUUGGAGAUGAGUGCCGAUCCUUCAUGGAAAGCUGAUGGGAGUUUCAAAGGUGGUUUCAAGAAUAAGUUAGAGGAGAAAUUGAAUGAGAAGUUUCCCGGGUGUGGGUUGAAAGCUAUUCCCCAUAUUGAAUCAAAAAUCAAAUGGUUUAAGGAUAAAUAUAAUGUGCUAACUGAAAUGUUUCGCACUUCUGGUUUUUCUUGGGAUAAUGAAAAGAAUAUGAUUGUUUGUGAAAGGCAAUCUUAUGAAGAAUUUUGUAAGCAACACAGAAAUGCUCAAGGAUUAUGGAAUGUUCCUUUUCCAUUUUAUGAUCAAUUGUCAAUUAUCUUUGGUGCCGAUCGAGCUACUGGAGUGCAAUCUGAGACUUUUGUCGAAGCUGUUGAGAAUCAAGAGAAAGAGACCAUUGAACUAGAUAAGGGUGAUAGUGAUGAAGACGAUGAAUUUGAUGAUAAUGAGUCUGUCAACCAGUCAAAACAAUCAACUCCAAGUGAACCUUCUUCAAAGAAAGGCAAAAAGGAAAAGGCUCCAAAUGAACUAGCAAGGAAAAGGAAGAAGCCGAAGGUUGUGGACUUAACUUCUUCUUUUAACAAUAUGUCUCUAGCUUUUCAAAUCAUAUGA